AUGCCGCAAGUCGUCAAGCUGGAUGACCCCUCCAUCACCGAGAUGGAGACCCCCAAAAGAUACUCGGAUUCGUCUUCCACCGGCCCUCCCCUACUUCGCCGGCCAGAUGGAGCAAAAGUGUCGUCCUCACCCUCACGAAUAUUUGACAGCUUCCGCCCUCAUCCUGCUCACAAGGCCUCCCGGGUGUUGGUUGGCAAGCAUGGGAGGGUAUUUAAUGCCGAUGCGGCAGCGCACAAUACUGCAAACACGGCCCUGGUGAGAAAGUUAAAAGGCCGACAUCUUCAGAUGAUAGCAAUUGGGGGGUCAAUAGGUGCUGGGCUAUUUAUUGGUUCCGGCCAGGCUCUUGCAACUGGAGGGCCAGCGUCGCUUCUAAUUGCCUUCAUCCUUAUUGGAGGAGUCUUGUUUUGCACAGUGCAGGCUCUUGGGGAGAUGGCUGUUACGUUCCCUAUCGCCGGUUCAUUUUCGGCCUUUGCAACGCGAUUUAUUGAUCCAGCUUGGGGUUUUGCAUCUGGGUGGAAUUAUGGAAUGCAGUGGCUAUUCGUAAUGCCAUUAGAAGUAAUGGCAGCAGCAAUCUGUCUAGAGUUUUGGUCAUUGCCUAUUCCUCGAUGGGCGUCUAUUACAUUCUUCCUACUCCUUAUUAUUUCUAUCAAUCUAUUCGGAGUUAGAUUCUUUGGCGAAGCCGAGUAUUGUUUUUCUAUUAUGAAAGUCGCGGCUGUGGUUGGGUUUAUAAUUCUAGGCGUUAUAAUCAACUGCGCCGGGACACCAGAUAGCGGUUAUAUUGGAGGCCGAUACUGGGCUGAUCCAGGGGCUUUUCAUGGCGGCAUGAGUGGCUUUACUAGUAUUCUUGUUACUGCUGCCUUCUCAUUUUCCGGGACAGAACUUGUCGGUUUGGCGGCAGCAGAGACGCACAACCCUAGUCAAUCGCUGCCGACAGCUAGUAAACAAGUAUUCUGGCGUAUUUUAAUUUUCUACGUACUAGCUAUUACUAUUGUUGGUUUACUAGUCCCGUAUACUGAUCCACGCGUUGCUAAUUCCUCUAUGUAUGGUGCAACGCGUACCCUCCAGGCCCUUGCAGAACAGGGCCAAGCACCUCGAAUCCUCGCCUACGUGGACCGCGAAGGCCGGCCUAUAGCUAGUAUCCUCCUUGCUUCUAUAAUCGGCUUGGUCGCCUACCUCUAUAUCUCUCCUAUCCAAGGAGCCGCCUUUACCUGGCUCCUUGCGUUGUCGGGCCUCUCCUCUAUCUUUACCUGGCUCUCUAUCUGCUACGCACAUAUUAUGUUUCGCAAGGCCUGGGCGUUACAAGGCAACUCGCCCUCCGACCUAAUAUACCGCUCACCAGUCGGAACGACGGGGUCGUGGGUCGGACUUAUUAGCCUAGUUUUAGUUCUAAUAGCACAGGUCUUUGUCGCGAUUUCACCUGCUGGGAGUACUGGUAACGAGAAGGCCGGCGAGCGUAUAAGUAAUUUCUUUGAGGCUUGUUUAGCGGCGCCUGUAGUAUUUCUGUUUUAUAUAUUUUAUAAGGUUUGGUAUAAGACAAGAUGGAUAAGGGUUGGCGAGAUCGAUCUGCAAACGGGGAGGAAUACAUUUGAGAGUGAGUUUGUAAGACAGCAGUGGAGGGAUGAUGAGAGUACGUGGCCGCAGUGGAAGAAGGUCUAUAAGACGCUUUGUUAA